AUGUCGAAGCCAGACUGGAUCCAAUUCGGCGUGCCGACGCUUGACCGUCCCUUCGGCUUGGCGUUAUGGCCCAUUUUCGAGAAGGCCUUCGAGUCGGUCAAGGGCUACAAGCCGCAGGACUUCCGCUUCGUCGUCGGCGAGACGCCCAUGUCGACUUUCAAGACGACCGUGACGACGCUGAUCGCCUACUACAUUAUAAUCUUGGGCGGCCGCGAGGUUAUGAGGAACAGGCCGGCGUUCAAGCUCAAUGGCCCGUUCAAGAUUCACAACUUCUACCUCACGGCCAUCAGUUUCAUUCUUUUGACGCUCUUCUUGGAGCAGUUGAUUCCCGAGAUUGUGCGCAACGGCAUCUUCCAUGCCAUCUGCGAUCACGAGGGCGGCUGGACCGACAAGCUGGUUAUCCUCUAUUACCUCAACUACCUGACCAAGUUCCUCGAGCUCAUUGAUACCUGCUUCCUUUUCCUGAAGAAGAAGCCGCUCACCUUCCUGCACACCUACCACCAUGGCGCGACUGCUCUGCUUUGCUACACCCAGCUCAUCGGUAACACCGCCGUGUCCUGGGUGCCUAUUACCCUGAACUUGAUGGUCCACGUGGUCAUGUACUGGUACUACUUCCAGAGCGCCCGCGGCAUCCGUAUUUGGUGGAAGCAAUACAUCACGAUCAUGCAGAUCAUCCAGUUCGUUCUCGACCUUGGCUUCGUCUACUUCGCUUCCUACACAUAUUUCACCUCCGUUUACUUCCCCUGGAUGCCGAAUGCGGGCAAGUGCGCCGGCGAGGAAUUUGCGGCAUUCUCCGGCAUGGCUAUCCUCAGCUCAUACCUCGUCCUCUUCAUUCUCUUCUACUUUGCGACUUACAAGAAGCCUGCUCCCAAGGGCCGUUCUCGCGCCAAGAGCGCUCUGGUCGAAAUGAAGGACGAGAAGGUUCCCACCGCGGCUGCAGUCCGCCGCCGUCUCAGCGGCGCUGCUUCUACAGCAAACGCCUACCAUUCUCCCGCGGCUACCAACGGCCGCGUCACCCGCUCGCGCAAGGCGUAA